AUUAUUAAAAUUAAAUUAAUAAUUAUACUUUCAUUUUCUGGUGUUUCAAGUAUUUUUUAAUAUUUGAAUAAUAUGCAUUUCAGAUCACUAACAGCGAUAAUCGUGAGGGCUUUCACUAGCCAGCACUUAAAUAAACCUUAUAGUAAAAUUUCUACAGUGGACAUAAAAUUGUUUUUAAGCAGUUUGACUAGGUUUAAUCAGAGAACUGACGUGGCAAGGCAAAUUCUGCACAUAUUAUUUGGAAAAAUCCCCCAGGAUUAUGAUGUCUUGUUGGGUAUAGUGGGAAAUUGGAUGAGAGAAGUAAAUGCUUUAUAUGUGAAUAGAAAUUUUAUAUUAAAUUACCAAGUGCCAGACUACCACAUAGUAACAAAAAACUGGAGAAUUACUAAACACUAUCCUACAUUUAUACCUCAUGAAUUAGUAAUUAAUGAAAUGAAUAAUAUAAUAUUAGUUGAAUACUAUGAAUUUCAAAAUGGAGUGACACAAUCUAGGCACAGCCUCCAAGAAUGGAAUUCUCAACCAAUGGAUAUGGUGUCUAAUACACAGUCUUUGAAACAAGUACCUCAGCAACCAUCAACUACUCAAAUGCAAAUUCCUGAAGUUUCUAAUUCUAUAAAGAAAAAAACUAUUAGAAUGUUUGAUCCUCCUGACCAUGAAGUUGAAAAUAUAAAUAAUGCAGGAAAAAAAAAAAUUCGAAAUGUGUCCCAACCACUAGUCAAUAAAUGGAUAAAUGAAAGUAGUUUACUCACAAAAUCCGUACAGUAUUCGCAAGCUCAGGAAAUAAGUAUAAGCGUCCGAUCAAUUUUAAAUGAAAUAUGUCCUGACAAUAUGUAUUCAUUAACUGAGCAUUUUAAAACGUUGCCUAUAAAUAAUAUUAUAGCCUUAGAAACUGCUGUUAGUUUAGUUUUUGAAAAGGCAAUUGAAAAACGAGGUUUUGCACCACUUUGUUCAUCUUUAUGUACAGCAAUGCAAUCUGUUGAAGUUAUUUCCAAUAAUGGUAAAGAAGUAACAUUUAAGAAGUUGCUUAUAAGUAAAUGUGAAAGUCUGUUUGAAAUAGACUUGGCCCAGGAAAUGGAUUUUGCUAAGAAACUAACUCUGUGCAAAGAACCAGAAAAGAAAAAAAAGCUUAAACUAGAAUAUGAAAAAAAUAAAAGAACAUCACACGAACGUUCUAUAAGAAAUUGCCGAUUUAUGGGUGAAUUAUUCAAACAAAAAAUUAUUACUCCAAAUAUCAUGAUGUAUCAUAUCGAUAAUUUAAGCUCUAAACAUUUUGAAGAACCACUCGAGUGCUUAUGCGUUUUAUUAAAGACCGCCGGAAAAGAAUUACAACAGACAUGUAAUUUAAAUAAUAUAUUUGAUCAAUUAAAUGCUUUAGCAUACAAAAACACGAAGUCUAAGAUUCCAUUAAAAAUAAUUCUUAUGCUCAAAGAUGUCAUAAAUUACAUUGUACGUAUAAAUAAUUGGAAUGAUGAUCGUUAUGAUGCUUAUCAAAUAUUAAUCAAUUAUAUAAAGAAUGUAUCAAAUGAACAACAACCUAUGUUAGUAGCUAAAAAUAUACCUGAAGAAGAAGAAUAUCAUCUUCACAUUUAUAAUAAAAUAUCGUCUAUGGAACUACCAGUGUUAUUGAAGAACACAGCAGUUGAUUUUAAAAUGUAUACGAAAUGUAAAAACAUACUUGAAGAAUAUGAGCGCCUUCAAAAUUUAGAUGAUAUAAUCCAUUCAAUAUCUGAAGAUGAAUUUUCGGUAACCCACACAAAGUAUGAAGAAUUUGUGAAAUCGAUGUCUCUUAUAACUUUAGAUAGUCCUAUUACUCAAACAACAGAGGCAGGAAUGAUUUUUGCAGAACUUUUAUCUAAAAAAAUUCUUUCUAUGGCGGCCAUCACUCAAGGAUUUGAUGAUAUUCUAAAAUGUUGGAAUGAUUUUUCGAUAGAUUAUCCUCAAUUUUUCUCCUAUAUUGCUGCCAUUAUUGCUCCACUAUUAUCAUCACCGAAUGCUUCCUUCGACUUCAAUAGUUUAAAAGAUUCAUGUACAUCCAUACGACCAGACAAUUCUAGUAAAUUGUUCACUGAAAUAUUAUACAAAAUUAUUAGUUUCAAGAAGAGGCAGAACUUUAAAGAAGAACUACGUGGUGUAUUGUGGAUUUACAAUAAGUGGAAUAUGUUAGAAAAUGUUUCCCUUGACGUCUUUAUGCCCAAUAAUCAAAUAAAUAAAUAUUUUAAAAAAGAUCAAAUUGGAGUAUUCCUUUUAUCUAUUUAUAUUUAUGAUAAAAUUAAGUUAACUGAUGAUAAAGAACUGUACGAUAAUCUGCAAAACUGGAUAUGUACUAAUAUCAGUGCAGAAAUCAUACAAAGCUCUCGGUUUGUGCGAGCAUUGACUAUAGCUCUUGUAAUUUUAUGUUUGAAGUUAAAUCAUUCAUAUGAGGAUUUCUUUGAUCAUGUUCAUGUGAAAUUGUUGACCCGCUACAUUAAUUUUAAACCACUCCCAAAACUUAAAAUACAGUUAAGAGAAGUACAAUGUAUGUUUGGCAUUCAAAUAAUGUCUGCUACACUUAAACAUCCUCGAGGAAUGGUAUUAAAACUGUUUAAUAAGCUCUAUCAAGAGAAAGUUAUAAGCAAAGACUCAUUUGAACUGUUUAUUAAGGAAUAUGAAAAAAUAGCUGAAAUAUAGACUGUAUUAUUUCAACGAUCUACACAACAUUUUUUUUUUGAAUAAAUUAGAAAUGAAGUUCUAAACAUUUAUCAAUUUUUCAUAUUAAUUUUU